GAGAGUUUAUGGUCGACGGAACAUAACCUAUCUGUAUCCGUGUAGAUCGUUAUCAUGACAAAUGUAAAUAGAGAGAAACCGAUGCUUAGAUAAUCCGUCAUAAUCCAACUUUGCGCUUCCCACCCACGUUACUAUGCCGUAAAUCACCUUUUCAACCGAUUGUGCCCGAAGUAUUUACAGAAUAUUGUGACGCGACGUCGCGGAUCGAUGUCAAUAAUAAAGAUCGCGGAGAGAAAACGAAGGGGGGAAAAACCGUGCUUUUGUACCUGCUUCGUUAAUUCUCUCCUUCAACAAUGAAGAAGCGAAACGCUCUAUUUGUCUACUGCUGUGCUUUUGUCACUCUCCAAAGUGUUUAUGGCCUUCAUAGAAGCUUGAGAUAUUACGAAACAAUUCACAGUACUCACUUUCAACAUAGGAUCGUAAAGCGAGGCGUUCAACACAGUUAUCAUCCAUAUAAUAAGAUAAGCGAAUUGGAAUUCUAUUCGCACGGGCGCCAUUUUCGACUAAUUUUAACACCUAGAAGAGAAGUUAUACAUUCCAACUUCAAGGCGUACGAGGUCAACGCCGAUGGAAAGGAGAAAACUGUACAUUUAGAUCAUGAUAAUUUUUACCAUGGCCGAGUGUUUGGAGAAAUCGAGUCUCACGCUCAGAUGCAUAUCGAUGACGGUGUCGUGACAGGUAGUGUAACAAUCUCGGAUGAGACUUUUCAUAUUGAGCCAUCCUGGAGGCAUCUUUCUCAUUUAGAUAAUCAAACGAUGAUUAUUUAUAAAUCUUCCGACGUUAAACUCAGUUGGGAGCAUUUCCAAGACGGACAGGGUCACACGCAUGGAACGCCAAAGACCUGCGGUUACGUCAAGGAAGACUCAAAUUACACGUUAAACCAUAAUUCUGAGGAGGACGAUACGGAAACGGAUAACAGUAGCAGCAGAGUGAAGAGGCAAACGGAGACUUACGAAUAUACACCGACGAAAACGAGAUGUCCGUUACUAUUGGUCGCCGAUUAUCGAUUUUACCAAGAAAUGGGUGCCAGCAGUACAAAAACUACAAUUAAUUAUCUGAUAAGUUUGAUCGAUAGAGUACAUAAGAUUUACAAUGACACUUUGUGGCAAGAACAUCAAGAGGAGGACGGUUUCAAGGGAAUGGGCUUUGUUAUCAAAAAGAUCGUUGUUCACAGCGAACCGACGCGGGUCAGAGGCGGUGAAACGCAUUACAACAUGGUUCGCGAGAAAUGGGACGUCCGCACAUUGCUCGAGGUGUUCAGUCGGGAAUAUAGCCAUAAGGAUUUCUGCUUGGCUCACUUGUUUACCGAUCUCAAGUUCGAGGGUGGUAUUCUAGGAUUGGCCUACGUAGGAUCUCCUCGUAGAAAUUCGGUGGGCGGUAUCUGCACACCAGAGUAUUUCAAAAACGGAUAUACAUUGUACCUGAAUUCGGGUCUGAGCUCCAGCAGAAAUCAUUAUGGACAAAGAGUGAUUACAAGGGAAGCGGAUUUAGUUACGGCACACGAAUUCGGUCACAAUUGGGGCUCCGAGCAUGAUCCAGAUAUCUCAGAGUGCAGCCCAAGUGCGAGCCAAGGUGGCUCUUACUUAAUGUAUACUUACAGCGUUAGUGGCUACGAUGUAAACAAUAAGAGAUUUUCUCCAUGCAGCCUGCGAUCCAUCAGGAAGGUCCUGCAAGCCAAAUCUGGACGUUGUUUCUCAGAGCCGGAGGAAUCGUUCUGCGGUAAUUUGAGAGUCGAGGGUGAUGAAGAGUGCGACGCGGGUCUCUUAGGAACGGAAGACAAUGACUCGUGUUGCGACAAAAAUUGUAAGCUUCGAAGUAAUCAAGGAGCAGUUUGCAGCGACAAAAACUCUCCUUGCUGUCAGAGCUGCGCGUAUAUGCCUGCGGGCGUGAAAUGCCGCGACGCGCAAUACGCCACUUGCGAACAGGAGUCGCGUUGCACCGGAGCGUCCAGCGAAUGCCCGAGAUCCCCGCCCAUGAAGGACGGCACCGGUUGUCUCGAACGUGGUCAAUGCCGUCUAGGCAAAUGCGUGCCGUACUGCGAGACCCAAAACUUACAAAGCUGCAUGUGCGAUACUAUUGCUGACGCGUGUAAGAGAUGCUGCAGAAUGAGUUUGAACGAAACGUGCUUCCCGAUAGACCCGCAAGAUAUUUUACCCGACGGGACACCGUGCAUUCAAGGUUUUUGCAACAAAGGUGUGUGCGAGAAGACAAUCCAAGACGUGGUGGAACGAUUCUGGGACAUCAUCGAGGAUAUAAACAUCAAUAAAGUUAUGCGCUUUCUGAAAGAUAACGUAGUCGGUGCUGUGAUAAUCAUCACCGCCAUCAUAUGGAUACCGGCGAGCUGCGUCAUCAGUUACAUCGAUUACAGACGGGUAAAGGAGAGCGAAAAGAAGUGGCGGUGGAAACAUACAGACGAGCUCAUCCAUCCGGACGAGCCGAGACAAGUGAUUUACGUCGGCGGUCAGCGACAAAGAGCGCAACACGUCGCGCAUCAAUCGUGAAUUUAGAUCACUCGCGUAUUUCGAUCAUCUAGUCAGAUUUAUCUGAAGUGAUAUAUGUUUAUACAUCUUCUCGGAAUGACAAAAAAAUAUUGUAAAUAUCUCUUUUACUUUCUACGUUAUACAUACGUGUAUAUACCUUCUACAUAAUUUCUGUAAGAUUUUGUAGUUGAGUGAAGGAACGGUACAUUCCUGUAGUCCAAAGAAAUUAAUAGUUCGUACUUGAGAAUUAGAUAUACGAAAUUUUUCA